GGCGGCUGGGGGCGGGCAGGCGGCUAAGGCGCGCGGCGCUAGGGCUGGGCGGGGGCGCGCGGGCUCCCGGCAGCAGGGCCGAGCUGCUCUUCUGUAAGGGGGUGGCCGCGGUGAUGGGCUGCGCGGAGAGGAGGGCUGAUGUAAGGCUAACUGUUGAAACUUGUACAUCAUCCAGUCCUAUCCAUAAGAAGGAACUUACAGUGCGUAUUACAGAUGAUGCAGAUCCAUUAUUCUUGUAUUCUCUUGCUAUAGGAGAGGAAGAUUUUCAGAGUUUAAAGAGCCAACAAGGACUGCUUGUAGAUUUUUCAGCUUUUCCCCAGAAAUUCAUUGAUUUGUUAGAACAAUGCAUUUUGGAACAAGGCAAGCAAGUGCCUCGGUUUUUAAUUCAACUUGUAACAUCUUCUCCAGCAUUGGACUGCAUGCCUGCAUGUUUAAAUGUAGUAGAAACCAAUCCAUUCAAACAUCUCACUCACUUGUCUCUAAAGCUUUUGGCAGGAAGUGACAGUGACAUCAAGAAAUAUCUUGCCAUCUGCAUUAAAAAUUUAAAGAUGGAAAACAGUAUCUUGGAAGAUAAACUACACAGAUCAGAAGAGGGGCUUUCGAAAAGGCUAACUGUAACAGCGCAGGCUUUGGCAGAAAAAAAUAAGGAACUGGAUAAACUGCAAAAUGAAUGGACAUCACAGUUCACUUUAUUGACUGACGAGUACUCCCAAGAAAUCACAGCAGAAAAGGAGAAAGUGCUACAGAUUCAAGCACAGUACCACCUUCAGCAUGAACAGCAAAAGAAAGAGAUGGAAGCAACUUGCAACAGAAAAGUACAUCACUUAGAAACGAGGGUAUCUGAAUUGGAAACUGUUAAUAAGGAUCUCACAGAGAGAAAAUACAGAUCUGAAUCUUCUAUAAGGGAGCUGAAAUCCAAACUUGCAGGACUUGAAGAGGAGUAUCGGAGGGCAAAACAAGAAGUUCUGUCCCUUGAAAGAGAAAAUUCAACUCUUGACACAGAGUACCAUGAAAAUGAGAAACUACUAAACCAGCUAAGAACACUCAUUGCAAUCCUGGAACAAGAAGUGAAGGGUAAAGAGCAAGUAGUAAUAAGAAGCACAGAUGUCUGUGAAAGUGCACAAGAACACAAGAAAAAGUUGGAAGAAUCUCUGGAGAUGAAACAGCUUCAAAUUGGAAAAUUUGAAACCACUGUGAAGUCUAUUUCUGAGGAACUUCUGAAAGCUAAUGAAAUUAUCAAAAAGCUCCAGGGAGAGAUGAAGAAACUAAUGGAGAAGAUGAAGUUAAAAAAUGCAGUGAUACUGCAACAGGAAAAAAUAUUAGGAGAAAAAGAGCAAACCCUUCAAAAGGAGAGAUUGGAGCUUAAUAAUGUGAAACGGGUUCUUCAACAAAAAGAAGAGGUCUUGAAGUUGCAAGAGCAGCUGGACAUCACUGUUCAGAAAUUGGAAGAAAGCAAACAGCUGCUGAAAACUAAUGAGAAUGUAAUUUCCUGGCUAAAUAAACAACUGAGUGAGAAUAAAAUUGCAUCUAUGCAUGGGGCAUCAGAUCUCAGUGAUAUGCCAUGUGCUGGAAAUGCCACCAAUUCAGCAGCCUUGCAGAAUGGCCUGCCUCAGCUUCUACUUUAUAACAGUCCUUUCUCUGUCCCUGUGAUGCCUCCACCAAUUAGCACUGCUUCCCUUUCUAAUAACUAUAAAGGCUCUGUUCCUCUGCGAAUGAAUAUCCCAUAUGCGGUCACCAGUGCUGCAAGAUAUAAUCCACAGGUUUGCAUCAACUUAUCAGCAAAUUCCAACAGCACUCCAUUACAUGAGACAAGACCUUGUCCACCAACCUCCACUCCUUUAGUGCCCCCAAACUCAAGCCAUGUUGAGCCACUUGGUUUAGAUAUGAAAUAUUUGAAGAAAGAUGGCAACUUGCCUUUAAGAGGACUAAAACCUUUGUCUGUAGCAAGCACAGUGUUAUCAAGAACUAUGUUACCCAAGCAAGGAAAUCCACCUGUGAUAUCUGCUUACUUCCCAGGGUAACAGACUAGACUUCCUGCAUCAUAAGUUCCAAUUGUAUUAAGUGGGUUGCAAACAGAAAGGUGUGCACAUGUUAAUGGAAGCAGCAUCAAAUAUAUACAUCUGAUUUAGUGUGUCUAAUGUAAAAGAAAAAAGAGGUGCUUGAGCAACACUGUCAUAAAUUUGACUUUUAUAGUCCAUCUGGACUUGGUUACUUUUUUCUGUAAAGUCUGUGCUCAUUAAAACUGCCAAAAUAUGAUCUGGAUGUAAAGCCAGUUAUUAAAAAACCUAAUGAUUUCAUUUCUAGAUCUAUGUCUUCAAAACGAGAUAAUGUUUUUGAUUUAUUUUGUUUAAUAUAAAGCAACAGCUGAUUGACUCUUCGAAGAACAAAGCUGUGCAGGCUGACUGAAAGCAUUUAUUUCAUGGGCUUUUGGCGCUUAGAGCUGUGUGUAUGUGCACAUCUUAUUACUACAGAAUGGACUAGUUUUUUUCCCUUGUGCUUAGAAGUGUUUUUUGUAAUCCUCAAAUUGUGAAUUUCUAAGAACAACUUUUUUUUAAAAUGGCAAAUUACAGCAGGACUGCUCCAAUGUGUGUGCAAUAUUUAUUCUGUGACGUACUAAAGAUGACCUCUGUUGAUAACUAUUCUCUCUGUGGGAGGAAAAAAAUGAUUUCUGCAAGCCUGGGUUUUUGUUGUGGAUUUUUUUAAAAAAAAAAAAAAAACAACCCUGCAUUCUAUUUAAGAAUUUUUGCACAAAAACUCAAAAUUUGAAACAUUCAUUUUAUAUUAGCUAUAGAAAGACUACAAAGUUAAAGUGCCUAUUUUAUUAUGUAUUUUAUAACUGGGGUCCGACAGUUAUCUAAUAUUUCUAUUUUUAAUAGAUAUUUGUGUCUAAUAUUUACUGUCAAAACUUAGAGAAUUCUAGUAACAGACAAUGGAGUCACUGAAUUCUAGAUGCUGAAAAUUUGUGUACUGUACCAUUCUAAAAAUAGUUAGUUUUGAUAGAUUAGGAUGGGUAUAGACUCUCAGGGGUGCAACUCCAUUUACUUAUAUCCGUUCUUUAUUUGACCGUUUAUUCUCCAGACCAUUUUAAAUCAAACAUAUUGGAUCCACCUUUUUCAAAAUGUUUAAAAACUGGAGUCUAUUGGCAAAAUGUUAUAAGAUCUGUAUUUUAUAUGAAACUCAAUACAACCAACCCAUUUUGUGAGAGAUUCAAGAUGUCCGUGGAAGGAUCUGCCUUUCAUCUGAUAAGGAUUUGCCCUAUGUUUCUACAUAUCUACAAGUCCUUUUCCCUCCUUCCCCCACACACUUAUUUUUUUUCUUUUUCUUCUAUAACAUGUAGAGUCCUUGUCCUGAUUUCUAAGAAAUGAUCCAGAUAUCACUGCAGUAUCUCCUCCCAUUUUCAGAUAGUUCUAACUUGAUCUGUUGUGAAUAAAUAUUUUCAGUCUCAAAAGAAAGCAUAGUUUGCAGUUGAUACUCCAAUAGCUUUGAUCUAUGAUAAUUUUUUCCUUUUGAUUCAAUAGCCUACUUUCUGGGAGAUGUGAAAUUGGUCAUUGGAUUAUUAAAGUGAGACAGAUCUGCUCUAAAUUGAUGCUCUACUGUAAUCUUCAAAACAAUGUUAAAAUGUAAUACCUGGAACUCUGCAGUUUUUUCUUUUCUUUUCAGUAUUAUUAAUGUUAACCUUUUUCUAAACGUACUUUACAUGUAGACCAUAUAUGGGGUUGUGGGGAGCAGCAGCGGGUAGAACUAAUUUCUGUUAAUCCUAAUUACUACCCAUGCUAUGCUAUACUUUCAUUUCUGGAACUUGCAAAUGCAUCUCAUGUUUGGAUCCAGAAAAAUUGGGUAUUCAUAAUUGCAGUAUUUUUUGCUUGAUCUCUUCUUCUGUGGGUUAUUUUAUGAGAGGAUUUUGCAUGUCUCAAAGAACUGUCCGAGGGUUUGGAAUGUGUCUCACCUGUCACUUGAUGCCUAACUUGUGUUUCAGUGUGUUGUCUGUCUUGCAGCAUGUCAAAAGCGUAUAUAAAAAUGUUACAUUUUAUAUUUGUUUUACAUUGUUGUGAAUAAAAUAUUUGAACUCUUUGGAUUGUAAUUGCCUAACUUUGUUCUUUUUAAAAGCAAACAGAGAGGCUAUUUUCCAGAUCAAUACUAUUUGGCAAAAUUUUUGCUCUCUGCACACUGCCACCCCACUUGAUAAAAGUGGGGUGGGUGACACAGGCAUAGCUAAGAGCAAAAUAUGAAGACGAGAGGAUGGGCAUAGUAAAUGAGGACAGAAUUUGGCUUGGUGACUCUUCAGAAAAAUCCCUUAUUUGCUGCCAGAAAACCAUCCCCCCUUCCUCCUUGUAAACUGGCCAUAUUUGAUGUAAAUAUCAUUUAGACAUCUUAACCAUGGAAAGCUUAGUUGCUUGUAGGUUGUAGUUCUGUAAUGUAUUGUACAUUGGGCUAUGCCUUUAAAGCACUCGGAAACUGAAGGUAGUCCAGAAUCAGCGUAGGAAACUUAGGAUUUUUCAUACUGGAUCAGACCAGAUUUUUUUCCCCCCUUCAAUGUGCAUUACUUGUGUGUUGUGCAAAUGUGCAUCAUUUGCUGUUAUGAUGCCUGUCCCUCUAGCUUGUUUAAAUCUCUUUCUGAAGUUCCUCACAGUCCACUCUGGUCCUGACUACCUUAAAUAACUGUGUCCUUUUAAAAAAAAAAAUAAAUAAAAGGUAUUUUUUACCUAACUGUUCAUCCCCCUUUCCAGCUCAGUUUAUUUGUUAAACAACACAGGACCUAGUGUAACCCUUCUGCCAGGUGGAACCAGCAGCAACCAGGGCGGGGUUCAAUAUCUAGGGGUUCCUUUUCAACAAUACAACACAGAACUGGCUUAAGCCCCCAUCCAGUCACCUCGGAAAAUUACACACAACUUCUGGUUUUCCCCACUUGCAAGCACAGAGUCUGAGUGUAGAAAAGAAACUUUUAAUGAAGGGUGGGAAGUCUCCCAACUUUAAUUAAGGAAAAUGCCACAAGCAGGAUUCAUGAUCAUAAAACUGUGAGCAGGAUACCCACCCCAGAUUGAAUCCCCACCCCUCUUACUUUCACAGGGGGUUUGGCAUUGGAGCCCCUGACUUAAUGAGGUCCUUUCAGCUGAGG